AUACCAGUGGGUGGUCUUGCUGUUGCCCCGUUUCAUCUUUUAAAUGAAUUUUAGUCACUAAUAUUUUACGACAAAAAUUUGCAUCAUUUUAUCCUUGACUCCUUCUAAGUGCUGUAUCCUACUUAAAUUGCAGGUUUUUUCUUUUGUUGCUGUGUACUUCUAGAGUAAUAGUGUGUUCAGUGGCUUGCAUAUUAAUUUGGUUAAAUUCGUCGCAUUGAAUGGGUGCCUGCUACUUGUACUUUCUUUUAGUACUUCAGCUUGGGAUAGAGGCAUUUUUGAAAAUCUGGCCUUGCUGUCAGGGAGCUUUUGAUUUAGAACCACAUUACUCCUGUUUAGCUCAUCAAUUACUGUUUUACAGUAGCCCAGGUAAACGUUUGGGUGAAUGCAUUGGAAGCUCGGGUAACACUAAUUUGUCGCGCCACUUCCAGGCCCUUCUGGCCAUUCUCACUCCUGGUUCCAGAUUUGCAUCAGAUGCCUGUGUGUCUUUUAAAAACGACACACUCUGGCUACUAUAAAUGAGGCGUACUGAAGGGGUCUUCACAUCCAUCCGCAGGGUUAAGUCUUACAGAGCAGUGGUUCGGGAAUAAAACACUGUUGCAUUCACUCUUAAUGGAGCUCCAUAACUCUGUUCCAUUUUAGAAGCUUUUGGUGUGCUCCUUUGACCAUGACAUAGUCAUCUUCCUCAAAUCCGCUGGGGCAGCGAUGGUAGGGAGUGCAUUACAAUGAGGUGAACCAACAGGCCACUAGAGUAGCAGCUUUCAGGUUUUAACAGCCAGUGCCUGCAAGCCGGACCAGCCAAUAUCUUGACUAAAUUAAAUAGUCUCUGUGCUUAAUAAUUUGCAGUGGAAAAUAGCCUAGAUGAACUUCAAAACUGGGAUGAUAGAAUAGCCGUUCUUUUUUAAAAAAUUGCCAUUUUUUCUUGAUCCUUCACUUCUGAUAAAUCUGCAGAUUUUAAAUUUACUGUGAUGCACAGAAACCUUAGAUACGUAACUUUUCAUGCGUUUUGCUAUAAUUUUAUUACCGUCUUAUAUCUGGAGAGAUUCACACAUUUGGACCCUUAAUGAUGCUAUCAGAUUUGGAAGCCUUUCAGAUUUUUAUAAAACCCAAGGUGGUACCCAAGGCUAGAUGGGGACUGGCAAAGAAUCCGGUGCCCCUUUCUUAACAAUUUGGGGCAGAAAGUGAGUUUAUUAGCGCAGGAAUGGGCGAUAUGUAGCCUUUGGCCCUGUAUGUUCACCUCAGUUUCAACUAAAGCACUAGGGAGGUUUAGUUUCAUCAAUAAACUGCUGCAGCAUCUUGGAAACAGCAAAUUAUCUUGGUUAGCUAAUUUUUAAGUUUCAUUUGUCCACUACACCACUGAAUUCAGCAGCACAGUGGUGGUAGGCGUUUGAUCCACAGGCAGGAGUAGGGGUGGAACUAGCCCCCCCUUCGCCCCAUGUUCCCCCUCUGGCAUUGUCCCUCUGAGAAGCUCUACUUGGGCUAUCAGACAAGCCACAAUGAAAAUAUUCUAUGGGGGUUUUGUUGUUGCUGUGUUCAUUUCCCCCUUAGCGCCGCCAGCUCAUAUCCCAUAGGCUGCACUGCCCCAAAGCCUACUCUGCUAAUGAGCACAAAUGCACUCUUGACUGGAGGCUUCUUUAUAGUUGUUUUUUUAAGCCUCCACAGCGAUUUGCACAAAUUCACCAGUGCAGAGGAGUUACUAUGCAUUUAUCCAGUUCUCCACAAAAGUUAAAUAAAAUAAAGUUAAAUUUGUGAAAGCCUUCUCGUAGGUGAAAAAUCCUAUUUCCAUGAAUCUCUGGAAUUGAAAAAAGGAAGGUCUCGUCAUCCUGGGAGGGGCUGAAAUGGAGGGCUAAGGCGACAAGUGUUGUUUCUAGUAAGUGUCACGGAGGAGGGGUGGAUGGUGACGCAGGUGGGAGAUGGCACCAGCAAGACCGUGAAGGGCGUCCUGGUGUUUCCUGUCGUAGCCCUUUGCCCAGCUGUGCAAAUGCCACGCUGCCGAGUUUGCAUGUCAUGGCAAGCCGCCACAAGCCAGGAUUCCUUAGGGUGGCCUGCGUGUCGUUAAACCACUCUGAGGAAGCCACCCUGAAGCAGAACGAGGAUGGCAACCCAUUAUAAGUCGGAUCAUUUUGUGACUCCAAAGGCAAACAUUGAGUUACUUUUAUAAGCCACAGAGAACAGCCAUCUCCCAACCUGGUACCCUCGCAUGUAUGUUGGGCUUGAAACAUCCUCAGCCAUUUUGGGGAGGGCUAUCCUAGGAAGCCAUCUUAGCAUCUUUUUGGUAAAAGAUGAAAGGCUGAAAUGGUUUGUCGUAUUUCUCUGGGCUUGGACAUGCUGGCACCUUCAUGGGAUCCUUCCUGCAGUGAGUUGGUAGGUGUGUCAUUUGUCCUAAAUUUCAUGCUAGUUCCACUAAUAGGGGAUAACAAUAGGAUUCUUGACUCUAGGAAAAUGUCAGACUCUCGUUAGUCAAGUUGUUAGUGGAUUUGGUUCUCAUUCCUCUGGGAACAUCGCGAUUGUAUGUCCAUACGAAAUGGAACGAAAGCGCGAGUUCCUCUGACCUGCAGCAUGUAUUCAUUUCGCUGUGGCUUGUGCAGGUAGCAUUCCCCCAACGGGCCGCUCCGUUUCUUUUUUACUUCAGUUGCUAAAUUUAUAGCAACUGUCUCAUUUUGGAGACUAAAUGCUAGGUAUUAGCCGACUGUUUAUGGCUGCAAAAGCCUCCAGCUGGUAUUUCAACGGUGGCUUUACCUGCUUCUUUUGAAAACAUGUUUGACCUUUCAAGAUACCUCUGGAUGUAAGGAAGGUAAACGAUAUAAUGCCCUGAGAUACGGUUUUAACUAGAGCCUGGGUCUUCCCCACCCCCAUUCGUUGGAUUUAAUGACCCAGCUGGGAAGAGAGUCCAGUCGGCUUGGCUUCCCUCCAAGACUUUCACCAUCUGAGCUGUUAGAUGCUUCGGAGGGCUCUGAUGCCGCUCUGAUGCCGCAGCGAUAGGAGUACUUAAGAAAGCCAUAGAAUGCCUCGGAUUAGUUGCCUAAUUCUUGCACAUUUAAAGCCCAGUUCUGCUUCCCUAAGAGUUUGUUUGGGGUUACUACGAGGUAUAAUGUCACAACCAGGCCCUUACUGUUUAGUUUGCUGCUUGAAAUGUGACGAGAAAACGGGUCUUUCCUCUGCUAGUGACUGAUGUGCUUGAUUUGAUAGGCUAUGCUCGGUUAGUUUUUCCUAAUACACAAAACAGAAGAAAGACCUUGUUUAUAGCUUUCUGAACAGUAACAGUGCUAACCAAAUAUAUAGAUUACAAAAAGGCUGUAUGACUUGUAAAUCAUGCAGCAGGGGGAGGCUUGUUCCUGUAGGGCACAGUUUAAAAUGAAUGGACGUUACACAGUAGCCGUGCCUUGCACUAUUGAGUGGUUAACCAGAGUGAAAAGACUGGAAGGGUGCAGGGUGAUAACGAACUACAGAAGUUGCUGUGUAUUCCCUUUGCAUCUUAAUUGGCAUGCAGAUACAUCUAAGCUGUACACUGGGAAUUCUUAACAUUCUUCUUUGGUGAUACAGAAAGACUUGAAAAGCCUUGUUAGUAAAAAUAGCUCUUUAAUUAUCAAAAAUAGAUUUAUCUCACAAUUAUGGUGAAGGCAUGGCCUGGUUGAAUUUUUAGAUAUUUUCGUAGCCCGAAGCAUGUUGCCGUUUGGGAAUGGAGAAUUUCUUGUUUAUUAAAUUGCUCAUCCUAAUGACCUGUACCUAAUAUUGGUAGGUACAGAUAUUUGUCAUUCUGUUCUGCCUUCUGGGCUUCAUAUGUAGAAUCCCUAACGUCCACACUUAUAAUUAACAGGUACAAGUAUAAUAUCCCAUAUUCCACUUUGGCUGGACAUGUAUAGAAAAGAUGGGAAAACAUGGGGCAUUUUUAGUGUAGCAAGAUGGUUAAAGAGUGCAAAGGAAUGAAUAAUGUGGAUCCAAACUGGAGUGUACGCUACCAGCCUCUCGUCCGUUUGCAGUGAUCCUUCAUUUUUAUGGCAAUAAGUGUGUAUUUAUUAAUUGACCCUCUAUCCUCAGAACAAGGUGAAUAGAUUUGAGCUCAUGGCCCUAUUAGGCAGAUCACUUUUUAAAGUUAAAUUUGUGGGGUAAUAAGGUUCCUGUAUAUUGCAUUUUGAAAAGUUCUUGUAAAUUCUUAGCUGUGCUGCUACUUCUCCUCAGCGUUUCGUAUGUUUCAUGUUUAUUUUCUAAGUUAUAUUAAAUAAACUUCCCAUUAGGUAUGCAGAGUCUCAUUCUUAAAAGCCGGAGGUGAAAGGGUUGAUCCGACGUGCUUGCUUCUUUAAAAUGUGUGUAAGACUUUCUGAUCCCAAUUUUGGCCAUGUGUUUAGGUGUGGAAGUAUGUCCAAAACUGAGGACUCAAAUCAGGAGGCUAGGAUUCCUGUGUGCUUCAGAUUUUCAUGGUCUUGGUUAUGCAUGUCAAGAGAAAUGUAUCUUGUCAAGUACUACUUGGAAACUUUGCUCUUGUCGAGAAGCAAGAUUUGUUUUGUCUUUCUCCUGGAAAAAGGGAUAUUAUUUUGAAUGACUCAGUUGAGUUGACAGUAUUCCAUUCUUUUGUAUGAACUGACAUAGUAUCAGCUCUUGUUGGAGACAGCUCUGGACUCAGGAAAGCAAAGGGGCGUUUGUGCAGCCGUCAUGCGCAGUGUAUUGGUAAACUGCACAUACGCAUGAAUCUUGCGCCUUAGUGCCUUGCAGAGUUGUUUGAGCACCGAGUGGGUUGCAUGCAUCCUGAGUUAGCAGAAAUGUUGCUUGCACAAAUCUAUUUCAGUCAAUGGGAGCUGGGUAAAAGUGGAGCUUUCUUUAGAAAGGAAAACAUUUUGCCGCUUAAAUGACAUGAUGCAAGUGCUUUAAAAGUAGUAACAACCCCCCUACCCUUUCUCUUGAUACCAGUCACAUAAGUAGCGGACUUCCUAGGUGGAAUUUAAAGAGCUGUAUGAUAGAUUUAGUGCAUGCACUGGGAUUUUUCAGAGUCAGCCCCUCCCACUUACAGCCCUUGAGUUAAUUUGGAAGGCUGCUUUCAAAACCAGGAGGACCUCUGGAGUAGGCAUUUGAUGUCGCAGUAGAGCCCCAUAGCAUGGUAAGGACAGCUGGAGGAGGACUCGGGCACAAGAGCCGAGAGCAGAAACCUUUGUUUCAGCCUAAGCCAGAGAAGCACAUUCUUCUACUGAUUGGGGAAAUGCUGCCUCUCCCACUGUGAGGACCCACCGAGCUGCUGUGGAUGCCUUCGAGAUGGAAGCUGCCACCCUCACUGUCCUGGCGAUCGCUCACCUGGAUUGCUAAUCGUCACAGAACCGUUUUGAGGUGGCACGGGGCCGCAGCGGACAGCAGUCACCUCGGAAGCAGCCCGGCGUAACAGGAUGUUUGGACGAUGAUGAUGGCACGAAAGCAAGAUGUCCGCAUUCCCACCUACAACAUCAGUGUGGUGGGGCUGUCGGGGACGGAGAAGGAGAAGGGGCAGUGUGGCAUCGGCAAGUCGUGCCUGUGCAAUCGGUUCGUGCGGCCGAGGGCGGACGACUUCCACUUGGACCACACCUCGGUCCUCAGCACCAGUGACUUUGGGGGAAGGGUGGUUAACAACGACCACUUCUUGUACUGGGGGGAAGUUGUGCGCUCUUUGGAGGACUGUGUGGAAUGUAAAAUGCAUGUGGUGGAACAGACGGAGUUUAUCGACGACCAGACUUUCCAGCCCCACCGCAGCACAGCCCUGCAGCCCUACAUCAAGAGGGCGGCUGCAACCAAACUCGCGUCGGCUGAGAAGCUCAUGUACUUUUGCACGGAUCAGCUUGGGCUGGAGCAGGACUUCGAACAAAAGCAAAUGCCGGAUGGGAAGCUCCUGGUGGAUGGCUUUCUCCUCUGCAUCGACGUCAGCAGGGGCAUGAACAGGAACUUUGAUGAUCAGCUUAAGUUUGUUUCAAACCUGUACAAUCAACUCACAAAAACAAAGAAGGCAACUGUGGUAGUUCUCACCAAGUGUGACGAAGGCGUGGAGCGGUACAUUAGAGAUGCGCACACCUUUGCCUUAAGCAAAAAGAACCUCCAGGUGGUCGAGACGUCCGCCAGAUCCAAUGUGAACGUUGACUUGGCUUUCAGCACUUUAGUGCAGCUGAUUGACAAAAGCAGGGGCAAGACUAAAAUUAUCCCUUACUUCGAGGCUUUGAAGCAGCAGAGCCAACAGAUCGCUGCUGCGAAAGAUAAGUAUGAGUGGCUGGUGAGCCGCAUUGUCAAAAACCACAAUGAGACUUGGUCGAAUGUCUCACGCAAGAUGCAGUCCUCCCCAGAGUACCAGGAUUACGUCUACCUGGAAGGGACACAAAAAGCCAAGAAGCUCUUCUUGCAGCACAUCCAUCGCCUCAAGCAAGAGCAUAUAGAGCGGAGGAGGAAGAAGUAUCUUGCUGCUUUGCCCCUUGCUUUCGACGCCCUCAUUCCAGACCUUGAUGAUAUAAACCACUUGAGCUGCAUAAAAGUGGAGAAACUGUUGGAGACGAAGCCGGACUUCUUAAAGUGGUUCGUUGUUCUUGAGGAGACCCCUUGGGAUGCCACCAGCCAUAUCGACAACAUGGAAAACGAGCGCAUUCCGUUCGAUCUGAUGGAGACGCUGCCUGCGCAGCAACUCUAUGAGGCCCAUCUAGAGAAGCUGAGGGACGAAAGGAAAAGGGCGGAAAUGAGGAGGGCCUUCAAAGAGAACUUGGACACGUCCCCCUUCAUAACACCGGGAAAACCCUGGGAAGAGGCUCGCAGUUUUAUCAUGAACGAGGAUUUCUACAUGUGGCUUGAGGAGUCUGUCUACAUGGAUAUUUAUAGUAGACACCAGAAGCAAAUUAUCGAAAAGGCCAAGGAGGAGUUUCAGGAGCUGCUUCUGGAAUACUCAGAACUGUUCUAUGAGCUGGAGCUCGAUGCCAAACCCAGCAAGGAGAAAAUGGGAGUCAUCCAGGACGUGCUGGGUGAGGAGCAAAGGUUUAAAGCGCUGCAAAAGCUUCAGGCCGAACGAGAUGCGCUGAUCUUAAAACACAUUCACUUUGUGUAUCACCCAACGAAGGAAACCUGUCCCAGCUGCCCGACUUGCAUAGAUGCUAAAAUUGAGCACUUGAUAAGUUCCAGGUUCACAAGGCCAUCCGACCGGAAUCAGAAGAACUUGCUUUCUGAUUCCAAUAUAGACAGAAUCAACCUAGUCAUUCUUGGGAAGGAUGGACUUGCCCGUGAGCUGGCAAAUGAAAUUCGAGCUCUUUGCACGAACGACGACAAAUACGUGAUAGAUGGGAAAAUGUAUGAACUCUCCUUGAGACCAAUUGAGGGUAAUGUCAGGCUCCCCGUUAAUUCUUUCCAGACCCCAACAUUUCAGCCACACGGUUGCCUCUGUCUUUAUAACUCUAAGGAGUCUCUGUCUUACGUUGUUGAAAGUAUUGAAAAGAGCAGAGAGUCUACCCUUGGCCGAAGGGACAACCACUUGGUCCACCUUCCGUUGACUCUGGUUCUGGUGAACAAGAGAGGCGAUCCCAGCGGAGAAACCCUUCAUAGCCUAAUCCAGCAAGGACAGCAGAUCGCCAGUAAGCUGCAGUGUGUCUUCCUUGACCCUGCUUCUGCUGGCAUUGGGUACGGGCGUAAUAUCAACGAAAAGCAGAUCAGCCAGGUCCUGAAAGGCUUGUUGGACUCGAAGCGCAACUUAAAUCUGAUGAGUUCGACGGCGAGCAUUAAAGAUCUGGCUGAUAUCGACCUGCGGAUUGUCAUGUGCUUGUUGUGUGGAGAUCCCUUCAAUGCAGAGGACAUCCUUCUGCCUAUCCUUCAGUCCCAAACCUGUCGACCUUCUCAUUGUGGAAGCAGCAGCUCCGUGUUACUUGAAUAUCCCAUAGGACCGCACAAGAGGCGCAUAGAACUCUCCAUGCUGUCGUACCAUUCCUCAUUCAGCAUUAGGAAAAGCUGGUUGGUCCAUGGCUACAUUUUGUUUUAUUCAGCUAAACGUAAAGCAUCGCUGGCUAUGUUACGUGCCUUUCUUUGUGAAGUGCAGGAUAUAAUCCCUGUUCAGAUAGUGGCACUCACGGACGACUCGAUAGAUGUUCUAGACAAUGACUUAAGUAGAGAACAGUUGACCGAGGGAGAAGAAAUUGCGCAGGACAUAGAAGGAAAGUUUGCAACCAUCCCUUGCAGUCAACCUCGACACAAACUCGAGAUUUUUCACCUGUUUUUCAAAGAUGUCGUGGAGAGAAAAAACAUCAUUGAAGCCACUCACAUGUACGAUAAUGCUGCCGAGGCCUGUAGUACAACAGAGGAAGUGUUCAAUUCUCCCCGGGCUGGCUCACCUCUCUGUAAUUCCAACCUCCAGGAUUCGGAAGACGACAUUGAGUCAACCUACAGUCCUUUCAGAGAGGACUCAUCCAUGCCCGCGUUGUCCAAAGAUCUUUCUAAACUUUCCAUGGAACUGGAGGGGAAUGACGUUGCUGUCUUUUCCGUUAUGAGCACUUUUGAAAGCAAACUGAACAACAAAGUACCUCCGCCAGUAAAACCAAAGCCCCCUGUCCAUUUUGAUAUCACAAAGGGGGAUCUCUCCUACUUGGAUCAAGGGCACAGGGAUGGGCAGAGGAAGUCCGUUUCAUCCAGCACCUGGCCCCCCGCAGAUGGCUUUGACCCUUCCGAUUAUGCAGAGCCCAUGGAUGCAGUAGUGAAGCCAAGAAAUGAGGAGGAAAAUAUUUAUUCUGUGCCUCAUGACAGCACCCAAGGCAAAAUAAUCACCAUCCGCAAUAUCAACAAGACCCAGUCCAACGGCAGUGGCAACGGGUCAGACAGCGAAAUGGACACGAGCUCCCUAGAACGUGGCCGGAAGGUGUCCGUCAUUAGCAAGCCAGUGUUGUAUCGGACACGAUGCACCAGGCUGGGGAGAUUUGCGAGUUUCAGGACCAGUUUCAGUGUAGGGAGUGAUGACGAAUUGGGGCCUAUUAGGAAGAAAGAGGAAGACCAGACUUCCCAAGGAUAUAAGGGGGAUAAUGCUGUGAUUCCGUAUGAAACUACUGACGAAGAUCCACGGAAACGAAACAUCCUGCGUAGCUUAAGGAGGACAACGAAGAAACCAAAGCCUAAGCCUCGGCCAUCUAUCACGAAGACUACAUGGGAGAGCAACUAUUUUGGGGUGCCUUUGAUCACUGUAGUGACACCAGAGAAACCCAUUCCCAUUUUUAUUGAGAGAUGUAUUGAGUACAUUGAAGCAACAGGGCUGGGGACUGAAGGUAUUUACCGGGUGAGUGGAAACAAAUCGGAAAUGGAAAGUUUACAGCGGCAGUUCGAUCAAGAUCACAGUCUGGAUCUCGCUGAGAAGGAUUUCACUGUGAACGCGGUUGGCGGGGCCAUGAAGAGCUUCUUCUCGGAACUGCCCGAUCCCCUGGUUCCUUACAACAUGCAGACGGAGCUGGUGGAGGCUCACAAGAUCAACGACAGGGAGCAGAAGCUGCAUGCACUGAAAGAGGUGCUGAAGAAAUUUCCCAAGGAGAACUACGAGGUCUUCAAAUACGUCAUCUCCCAUUUGAACAAGGUGAGCCACAACAGCAGGACCAACCUGAUGACGAGCGAGAACCUCUCCAUCUGCUUCUGGCCCACGCUGAUGCGGCCCGACUUCAGCACCAUGGACGCGCUCACGGCCACCCGCAUCUAUCAGACAAUCAUCGAACUCUUCAUCCAGCAGUGCCCCUUCUUCUUCUACAAUCGGCCCAUCGUCGAGCCCCCCGGGGCCCCGCCCGGCUCCCCCUCCGCCCUGCCCGCCAGCACGCCCUUCCUGUCCCCCACGCCCGCGAUGGCCCAGCCGUCUCCCCCGCAGACGCCGCCCCCCUCGCCGCAGUCGCCCCUCCAGCCCCUCCUGCCCCCCCAGCUUCAGGCUGAGCAGCAUUCACUGUGAACCUUGGCGCAGGAAGGAAGCCGCGGCCGCCUCCUGUUGCCCCACGUGGCACGGGGCCCGGAGGCUCCGCCCGGACUCCCAGCUCUCCCUCUCCCCACGCUCGGCUCUGCUGGGAUCUUCGGCCGGGCAGAGCAGCGGCGGGGCGGCGCGCCCGACCCGCGUGGCGCCUCGGUUCUGCCUCAGUGCCUGACACAGAAGGGCCUGCUGGGCCGAGGAUGGCGCUGGACGUUCUCCUGAGCAGGAGAGGUCUGGGCCUCUCUUGCAACGCUGAAUCUGCCCGGUCCGGACCCGUCUUGACCGGAGUGAGCCUGCAGGAUCAGUUGGACCACUGCCACGUCGGACUGUGCGGGGCGGAGGCCGCAAGUGCCUCCUGCCCCUUCUUCAGCCCACGCAGGAGCGGAGAGGAUCUGCGGGAGCCCGGCGGGGCACGGAGCCUCCCCGACACAUUCCACGGGCGACGGCCGAGGCCUCUCCUGCGCUGCUGGAUGUCUCACUCGUUUCGGGGACCCUCAUGUUAGCUUAGGCCCACUGGCACCGUCCCGGCGAAGCUGCUCAGAAGGUCUGGACCAACACGUCUGGGAAAAACGGCUUUUAUGUUUUGGCAAAGCUGGAGUGUAACUUUCCCUUGACUUUUUCAGUAACAGUCAAUGAUAAAGUGGGAAGCGAGUCUGCUUGAAACAAACGUAACAAGGAAUGGUAGGAAAAUGGAACACUUCCACUGUCCGCUGGUGGGGUUGUUUUCGACCAGUCAGAGCAGUGUGGAACAGUGGCUCCUUUUGACUUGCGCAGCGCAUUUGUGCAUGGCGGAGGUAUCCCGGCAAGGUAGGGUGGGGGACACCCAGAUCUGCUCUGGCUGGUUCUGCUGUCUUCAUUUGCGAAAUCAUUACAUAUCUCUCACCCCGUCUCCUGGCAGAAUAUUGGGGUUAGCACUUAGCAGAGGAGAGGAGAGGAAAGCGCGCGUGCAUUUUGCCAGCACAUUCGAUGUUUUGCUGUCUGACCUGGGGCAUGAUUAGUUCAGAACACUAUGUUGACAGGAACACUGUGUGUGUGUUUGCGUGUGUAUGUGUGUGUGUGUGUGUGUGAGAGAGAGAGAGAGAGCAAGAGAGAGAGCAAGACAGAGACCGCGCGCAUGGAACCUGAAGCAAGUACAGCUAGAACUGUGUUUUUAAAUGUUGCCAGUGGAAAUGUGUUUAGUGUAAAGCAUGAUGCGGGAAGGACAUGGAGUGGUGUGCAGGCCCCCCAGAAAACUGGAGCUGGAAGUGGCGAGCCAGAGAAGGCCUUCUAUCGGAGCAGUUUUGACGAGCCCCACCACCCCGUGGCUCUGCCUACAUGGAACGGCAGCGUAAGACGCAGGUUGGGCCGCUCCGCACCCGGCUGUUUGCCACGCGCGGGGGCCUCGUUUCCUUGCGCGCCGUCCGUGGCCUCUGCCGUUCUCUCCCCGGCUGCUUCAGCGCAUGACUUCCUGCAGCUCAGCGCCAAGCGGGAGGCGGCUGGCGGUCCGGCUGCGUGUCUCUGCGUGAGGCCCGACGGGCCACGGUAGGCUCUUGAUGUCUGAGGGCAGACCCCGCACUGCAGGGAGAGCGGCCCAGCCAGCACUGCCGGACAGGCGUAGCCGGUCACAAGCGCGGUGUGCAGACCUGGCUUGCAUGCCGUCGCCGGGCUCUGUCCACUGCCGGGCUCCCAGCCUCUUCCGCCCCGUGAGGAUGAACGUGCCCCGGCUCCCUUGCCCAGCGCCCGGCUCGUGCCCCCGAAGCACGCGUGUGCCGCCCCCCUUUCCUAGUGAGGGUUGGGCAUUGCAGCAUCCCCAGCCCCCUAUGCCCUGCGCAUUUUUCUGCACCAUGCCUGGGAUACGGAUUCCGCAAAGCGGAAGAAGAGCCGCUCGGGAAGGGCAGUUCCUCCUUCCCACGCAGGCACCAUUGAAGCGAAUGGCGGUGGAGCAUAAGCAGUGCCCGGUAAACUCUUGUGAGGGGCAAGGAGGAGAGGCGACGGGCAGCGCACCUGUAGUCAGUAAUGGGGCAGUUUUAACUGGAGUUUCCACGGUACCACGAGGGAGUGAUCCCUAUGCCAUCCUUUCUCUCUCUUCGCACUUUAAAACGGAAUCUGUGGUUUAUUGCUAUUUUUAGCAUUUCAAGGAUGUUUGUGUUAAAAUUCAGUGGUGGUAGGAGUUGGGGGGGGGACCCCAAUCCUUUCUAAAAUAAAACUCCUUUGAUCUGUUCCUUUUCGGCAUAAAGUCUUCAGCAAAUGGACUUUCUCUCCUAUAAAUAAGCUGAUUUAUUACUCCUUAUUUUAGAACCACAUUUAAAGUUGUAUCUGUGUCCAGAUUGCCUGCUUGAAAGCCAUCCCUUGCAAGCAUUCCUCCCAAGUUUUUAUAUUCUCAUGUGUUAAGAGAUGAAGCUGUUGUGUAAAUAAUUGAACUGGGGGGGGUGGAGUUAGACUGUUAAAAGCAAAGCAGAAUAUCCCAUCUCCCUUCAAUUCUGCAUGUAUAACACUAAGGAAAAGAACAAUCGCACAGGAAAGAGGAUGAAAACGGCCCUCUGACCUUCCAGUUGCCAAAGACGAGGGUCACUUCAUCUGUGCCCAGUAAAGGUCUUGGGCUGGUGACCGCCGGUGUGUGUCUUUGCUUGGCUUUGUCUUCCCCCACGAACAACAUGGGCUGAGAGCUUUGCUUUCCACCUGGGACAGGUGACUUCUGUUGAGGAGACCAAGGUGUGUUUCUGUGCCUUCGCUAAGGGUCUGAUGUGAAGCGUCUCCCUAAAAGACCUUCUGCCGACAACUGUUUGAACUCGGGACAGUUGUCCUUGCCAGCCUGCCUUGCGGGGGGCAUUCCUCGUGGGGAGCCCCUUGAGUUCGCAGGCCUCUGUUGCACCUUGGCUCCUGCUUCACGGCCGGAUGCUGGCCUGCCUGCAGGCAUCCACACGGCGCUUACUCCUGGUUCCUCCGACUGCUCUGACGUGGGUGCGUCACCCUCGCAAGCAGCCCCCCCCCAGAGCAGAAUUUUCGGGCACACAGGUAGCCUUGCCACACUCCACCUGGGGCUCCGUGGCUGAUCUGUGCCUUUUGAUGCUGCUUCAGGUGCUGUGCUGGGAGCAGGAAGGAGCGCAGCUGUGCUUCUCCCAGAUCCUUCCCCAUUUGCUAGGUGCGGUGCGCUGAGGGAGGCGGUUCUGGUGUCUCAUAUUCUUUAGAAUAUCACGAUGGCCCUGUAAAAUGCCUUCUUCCAAAUUGCACCUGUAAUUCCACAAGCCUGCUCAAAAGGUCAAGUUGGUAUCCCGGUGCCGUGAGCCAGGCUUUUCCUCCCUUCGCACAUUCAAGGCGACAGACCAAUCCUUUUGCAAAAAGUGCUUUAUUCGCCAAAGUAUGCCCAGAAGACUCAGUCGCCACUGAAUGUAUCUCUGAGCAUGUGCAGAGCGGUUUGUUGGACCCAAUCUAAACCACUUCCACAAAGCCUCCUUUUGAGUAUGCCUGGAUCCCGCCCCUGGGAAGCGAGCAUGCCUUCUCGUGCGCCAGCCUUCUCGCUGGCCCGCCCUCCCCUCCCCUCCCCUCCCAGCACCGCGUCUCGGGGUCAGGAGCCGUGCCCGUCUCGUGCCCCUACCUGGCAGCUGUACCCUCUGGUUAGGCUCAGAGCCCGCUGGAGCACUUGGGCGGAGAGGUCUUGAGGUAAGCGCCCCCGCGCCGCUCCUCUUAAACUCCGGAGGCCCACUUCCCCCGGCGCCCUCCGCCGCCUCCCCUUCAGUCCCAGACUUGGAGUCAUCGUCGGCAUGACCCAGGAGUGCGGGCAGAGAACACCCAGCCUGGCGCAGGCGGCUUGAUGCAGAACCAAGAGGCCUUUUUAUUUCUCGGCGAGAAAGAGACGGAGCAGACGGUAGCUGCAGAUCCCCCUUCCUGCUCCCUGCUCUACAUUCUGGUGCUGUUCACAUGUAACAACAGCAGGUUGUGGGUCAGUUCAGUCCAGAGCCGCCUCAGUGUGUAUCAGAUACGCCACAGACUUUGCAUCGCCAGCCCUGAUCGGACCAGUUGGGUUGCUACAUCUGAAUCCAGGCACUGUCGCUUGAUAAGGGCUUAAGCAACCCACAGUUAACCUAGCUAUUGAUUGUAGGUUAACUACAAGUUGCUUAACUCAUCAUUAACUUGCACUGUCCAGCUUCAGAUGUCACACAGCAACACCCUGUCGGGGUCUGAAAAUUCAAACUGGCCGUGGCGUGCACCCCGCAUCCGUCAAUGACGCGUUGAUGAAUUAACCCACAAUGUGACUGUUACGUGCAAACCAGGUCAGAGUAGUUCCUUCAUUUGAGACUGACGGUGCCGGCGUCCGGGACUUGCUGUCCCCUCCGAGUGACAGAGAGCAAGUCGCUCGAGUCUCUGGUUACAAGGAGCUCUUCUGAAACUAGUUACUCUUGCUAAUACCCAAACUGCUCCCCUGCACCUCAGACGCAGCAGCUUUCCUUCGCACCCACACCAGCGGCCCCCUUCCGCGUCCACACCGAUUACAUACCACUUGCAAGCGGAAGGAAUAUUUUUGGUGUUCCCACAGCUGAGUUAGGUGGUUGGAGAAUCGUGUGGGUUUGGGUUUUGUUACACGCUGGGGAGGUGGGCUUCACGGAAGAACAAAGAGGAAGGCGUCUUGUCUGGCCUGGCUUAAACUCUGGUUUCCAGGAUCACGUUCGACUUGGAGGCUGCAAACUGCGCUUCCUUCCAUUGGCCAAAUUUGCUUUUUCCACCUUUGGCCGUGGCAGGACGCUUCUGUUCAGUGAGGGCGAGUGGGGUGGUUUCCCUCCGGCCUUGAUCGUCCAGGACUUAGUUUCUAAAGGUUGUCCCACAUCCCUUUUUUCUGUGAUGGUUCAAAGUAAACGGAUGUUGUUGAGAAGGCGCGGGGCUGCUUUGCUGCCGUGACCGAGCGUGGCGUGGCAAACAUUUCGAGUGAUCGCACUCACUCCGCUUCUAGUGGCCGCUGCGUCGGAGCAGCUCCACAAUUUAUCAGCUUCCUUGCACACUUGUUUAAGUUCUCAAAAAAGAAAGUUCUCCGUUGCUCGCCUGAAUCAUUCAUCUCUAACUUGGGUAACCCGGCAGCAGCUGUUCCAAGUCUGUCUUGCAGUUCAUCGCGGUUUUCUGGCUUGUGGUCUCUGUGCAUCUGUUUGUCACCUGGCCAGUGGGAGGCGAGUUGGUCCGCAGCUGAAGCAGUGAGCCCCCAGAGCCUGGGCGCAGCCGGAUGCUGGGAAUUGUAGUCCCAGUGCAUCUGAGGGAGACCGGGCUGUUAACAUCUGCUUGUAAGGUGUGUCUGUCUGUCCCAGCUGCAGCUCUGGCUAGUCUCCUGUAGAAGUUCAGUGGAGGGUACGUUCCCCUUGCUGCCUGUGUAAUAGAUCCUAGCUUAACUGUUAGAUUUAACCCCCCCCCUUUUGUUAAAUUGAAAUACGAUAGAAAUAUUGUAUUUUAAAUGUAGUUUUAAGGCAGGGCAUAAGUUAUUGUUUAAAUGAAAAUUAAUUUCCCCCCUGUGUACAUUAAAAGCAAAGGCCCACCCAUCUGUUUCUCAAAUUGUAUGGGAAUAAAACUUGUCCUAAAAUGUCAGAUUUAGUUCUGCACUCAGCUUAUUUUUUUUUCCCCUGGUACUCGUAUUUUCACAUGUAAAAUAAUUUCUAUAUAUGUUGAAUUAACACUUUUUAUUGAAGAGGAAGAAAUAUUAAUGGUCAUAAAAAUGUGUUAGUAGUUCCAGCUAAGUAUGUGCCCAAAACACUCUUCACAGAAACAAAAAUCUGUAUGUAAAGAAGAAAAAUAUGGUUAUUUCUCUGUAUUUUAGGAGCCUAACAACAUCCUUUAGUUAUUGGUGAUAGAAUAUCUUUUGUUUUAUGCUUCUUUUGAGGACAUUUUUAACAAUUUGUGGUUCUUCCCCACCCCCCUGGGCCAAUCCAAUUAGUGCAUGAUAAUGUCGAACGCUCUGGGCAAACAGAAAAGCCCCUUUUCUGCUGAGUUGAAAAGAACAAAAAUCAUGUAUUUGCUACAGAGUAUUGUAUGUGUCUCAAUGGGAAUGGUGUAAAAACUUAAAGGCCUUACGUGACAUGUAUCAUAGUUAAUAAAUCAAUCUUGUACAAAAAGGAUAUCCCUCCA